AUGGCGGCGAGAAAGUUGCAAACAGAGAUCGACAAGACCUUGAAAAAGGUGGGCGAGGGUGUCGAGAUCUUUGAAGACAUGUACGAGCUGCUGCAGCGCUCCACCAACUCGACACAAAAGGAAAAGAUGGAGUCGGAUCUCAAGACGCAGAUCAAGAAGCUGCAGCGUCUACGCGACCAGAUCAAGACGUGGCUGCAGAGCAACGACAUCAAGGACAAGAAGCCGCUGCUCGACAACCGCAAGCUCAUCGAGACCCAGAUGGAAAAGUUCAAGGCCAUCGAAAAGGAGAUGAAGACCAAGGCCUUCUCCAAAGAGGGCCUCAUAGCCGCCGCCAAGAUGAAUCCGCGCGACCGCGAAAAGGCAGAGAUCUCCGACUGGCUCUCCACGCAGGUCGACGAGCUGGCGCGCCAGACCGAGGCGGCCGAGGCCGAGAUCGAGACCAUCUCGGGCUCGGGCAAGAAGAAGAAGGGCUCCGCCAAGGACGAGCGCGCCUCGCAGCUCGAAAACGCCAACGACCGGCGCAACUGGCACAUGUCGCGCCUCGAGAUCCUGCUGCGCAUGCUCGAAAACGGCAACCUCGACACCGAGCGCGUGCAGGACAUCAAGGAGGACAUUGCCUACUUUGUCGAGUCGAACAUGGAGGAGGACUUUGAGGAGGACGAGGGCAUCUACGACGACCUCAACCUCGACGACGGCGAAGAGGCGUUCGGCCUCAAGGAGAACGACGACCUGCACAGCAACCACGACUCGACCGCCGGCAUGGACGACCUCAGCUUCCGCGACCUCAAGGACACGCCCACCAAGCAGCGACGCGACAGCCUUGCAGACACGCACACCUCCACCACAACCAGCAUCAACAACAAGGAUACCACCAUCCUCACCAGCAGUGGCAGUACAUCCAACAACACCAAGGACAAGGACAGCGGCAGCGGCAGCGGUCAUGCCAAGAAGGAGGAUGCGGCGGCGGCAGCAGCAGCUGCAGCGGCGGCCUCGUCGGCAGCCUCGCAGCCCGCAGCGUCACCUGCGCCACCAGCGGCCAAGAAGACGACGAAGAAGGCGUCGCAGGAGGCGGUGGCGGUGCCCAAGGAGAAGGCGGUGCCUACGGCCAACUUUGCGCAGGCCAAGGCGCCGGCAGCGUCGCAGUCUGCCGUGCUUUCGCCACCCAAGGCACCGAGCGCCGCGCCGCUUCCACCCAUCCGAUAUGCGGCGGCGGCAGCCGCAGCCGUGGCAAGCAGUGCCACGGCGAGCACCAACGACAAUGCGGUUUCUUCGCCAUCCGCCGCCACCGCGCCGAUGGCCAACGACUCGACGGAUGCGAAUGGUGCGGCGUCUGCAAAUGGAGCUGCGUCGGCGUUGUCGGCAGCGGUAGGUGCGCCAUCGACGCCAAUCAAGUCUGGGGUGGAUGCGGCGCGUGCGAGCGAUGCGGCGGACAAGGCUCGGUCUGCGUCGCCAGCGCCGCCUGGGCUGAGCAAGGUGGAUGCGAGCAGCAACAGCAACAGCAACAGCAGCAGCAGCAGCAGCAGCAACAACAACAACAACAACGGCAACGGCGAGGGAGCGAGCACUGGCAUGUCCGGAUUCGAGCCUGCGCAGCUUGCGGCGAGUUCUGCGGCGGCGAGCGUGGUGCAGCCUGCGGGCGGGGGAGCGGGUACGGCGGCGCAGCAGGCGGCAGCGCAGAAGGAGGCGGGCACGGAGGCGCGAUUGCCAACGUCGCUGACGGAUCUGGUGUCGUCGUUCGAGUCGGCCAAGCAAAAGUCGCUGCAGCGCGAGGCGAAUUCGGGGCUGGUGCACAAGUCGCUCGAGUCGUCGUUUAUGAAUGUGCCCGAGGCGGUGGAUUCGGAUCGACCGCGCUACUAUGUGCCACGCAAUCCGUUCCCCACGCCGAGCUACUAUCCGCAGACGCCCGCGGGGGUGUUUGACAAUCCGGCGCUGUACGCCAAGUUUGAUGUGGACACGCUGUUUUACAUCUUCUACUACCAGCAGGGGACGUACCACCAGUACUUGGCGGCCAAGGAGCUCAAGAAGCAGAGCUGGCGAUUCCACAAGCAGUAUCUCACGUGGUUCCAGCGCCAUUCGGAACCGCAGGCGAUCACCGACGAGUACGAGCAGGGCGUCUACGUCUACUUUGACUGGGAGGGCAGCUGGUGCCAGCGCAAAAAGAGCGACUUCCGAUUCGAGUAUCGAUGGUUGGAAGACAACUAA